AGGAGGGCGAGGGGCAGAGUGAACACUGAACACCCCUCUUGCCUUCCAAAUUCUUCCAUCCCCAUUACUUUCUCUACUCAAACCCGGUACUAGGGUUUCUGUUUCUCUCUCUAAAAUUAUGCAUAAAGCUGGAUAGAAAUUCAGCUGUGACGCAGAUACGUAAUUAAUUUGUUUAUCUCUGCUUAUUUUUCUUAAAUUUCCUGAAAAGCCGGCGUAUUUUGGCUGGUCGGCUGAGAGAAGAGGAGGAGAUGGCAAAGACGAAGCCAGGAAGAAAAGACCUCGAUUCUUACACUAUUAAGGGCACCAACAAAGUCGUCAGACCGGGGGAUUGUGUUUUGAUGAGACCCUCUGACUCAGACAAGCCCCCCUAUGUGGCGAAAGUGGAGAAAAUUGAGGCUGACCAUCGGAACAAUGUGAAAGUCCGUGUAAGGUGGUACUACCGCCCUGAGGAAUCCAUAGGGGGUCGCAGGCAGUUCCAUGGUGUGAAGGAGCUGUUCUUGUCAGAUCACUAUGACGUGCAGAGUGCCCACACUAUUGAAGGCAAGUGCAUUGUGCACACAUUUAAGAACUACACAAAGCUAGAGAACGUGGGUGCAGAGGAUUACUUUUGUAGGUUUGAGUACAAGGCUGCAACUGGAGGCUUUACUCCUGACCGUGUUGCUGUGUAUUGCAAGUGUGAGAUGCCUUAUAACCCUGAUGAUCUCAUGGUGCAAUGUGAAGGAUGCAAGGACUGGUUUCAUCCUUCUUGUAUGGGUAUGACCAUUGAAGAAGCAAAGAAAUUGGACCAUUUCUUGUGUUCUGAUUGUUCAUCUGAUGAUGACACCAGAAGGUCUUUGAACUCGUUUCCAGUAUCACCUGCUGCUGCUGAGGAAAAGGUGGAGCCAAAGCGCAGAAAGAGGUGACAAACUGGUGUGGAUGCAUCAUGAGGUUGUACCCCUUUUCUUGCAUACUAGCUCCAGUAUUGUUGUUGUAUUGUGGAAUUGUACAGUGCAGAGAGAUACUGAGCUUGAAAAAAGCCAGAGGCUUUUCCUUAUCUAAAGCAACUUUGUUAUCUAUUAAUGCAUAUCUGCGCUGACUAAGAGAUUACUACUUGUCUUGUCUUCUGUUAAACUACUAGUGUGACAGAUACUGCCAAAAUCAAUGGAAAUUGUGUUUGUUA